UAAGACGCUUGCCUUUAUAAUGGAAUCAGUGUAAGCAGAAAAUAAGCACGCUGCUACAGAAAAAACCUGGACCUUUUGUGAUCUAUUUACAACGUAAUCAUGGACCAUUGAAGCUUCUAGACCCUUGUAGACAACAUCUAUUUAACCAUGAUCCACAUUAACCUUUGUCCCUUGUGACCCAUAGGGAGAAGCAUGUGCUAGAUGACCUCAGGGAUUGCCUGGAAACCAAAGUGACGACAGUGGAAGGGGAAUCGUGGGGCCUGAGGGACCUAAGGGCGAAAGGGGUCCACCUGGAUACCCGGGUCAGAACGGUCUGCCAGAUAAUAAAACAAUGUCGGGAUGGUGUGGGAGAGAGAGGACCCAUGGGACCACCAGGACCACCUGGAGACGCGACUGCACUGCGGGGCCCACUGGGGCAACCCGGAGCACCUGGUCUGCCCGGAACAGGAUCUGGGUCUGGAGGUGACGGAGCUGCUACCCCGGUUCAGUUUGCUGACAAGUCUGAGCUCAAGAGAGCAGCUUACAAAAUUCCAAUUGGAACGCUGGCCUUCGUACUGAACACAGAACAAGUGUAUAUACGCGUUUCCCAGGGUUGGAGAAGUAUAACGCCUGGAAAUGACUUAAUUCGUUUGCUGCCAGAAACACCAGUAGAACCUGUUGAGGGGGAGACACGUGGCCAGCUGGCAGCCAAGAGCAAACUGCAUCAGGAGGCAGACGAGAAGAAGGCCCUGAAGACUGAGGCAUACAACUCGCAGGACAGGCUGGUGAAGUCACGCCGCAAGCCGCACGAGGAUGACGAAAACAUGGAGUUGGAGAAGCAGCGCUCCAGCAUGGUAGCCUUCGAGAAGAAGCAGCCCAAGUUUGAUCACCUACAUGUCUUAAAGAGGCUGCUCCAGGAGAAGGACGCUGCAGAGAAGGAGAGUCGUGACAAGGAGACCAAGAUCCUGAACCUGAACACGAAUGCCAAGCAGAAGCAGGAGAAUGACAUGAAAGACUUUAAGCAGCAGGUGGAGGCUCAGAUGAAGGACUUUGGUUGUGAGCUCGACGAGGCUGGAUGUGCCAGGGACGAGAUGCAGGGACCGUUUAAAGGGAAUGAGAAGCGCCUGAAGACACUGGAGACAGACAACAUCCAACUGCAUGAGAAGCGCCUGAAGACACUGGAGACAGACAACAUCCAACUGCAAAACAACCUGGCUGCUACUGAGCACGCAAAAAGCAAUGCUGAGGCAGAGAGGGAUGCACUGCAGGAUGAAAUCAGCAACAACUCAGCCGCAAAGUCUGCACUGCUGAAUGAUAAGCACAGCCUGAAGGCCAGGAACAGCCAGCUGGAAAUUGAGCUGGAGGAGAAACAAUUCUCCAACGCUGACCUUGUGGUUAAGACACGCGAGGCAACCAUGCAGUUUGAGAAGUGCCAGGCAGACCUGCGUAAUGAGAGCCAGAGGUUGCAGCUGGAGGUCAAGGACUUGAAGGAGAAGCUGGCCAAGGUUGAGGGACGGCUGGGGAAAAAAAAGUGGAAGGUGGCAACCCUGAAGGAGCAGCUUGAUCUGGAGAGAAAGGAGCGUGGCAACAUGCAGCUGGCCAUCCGGCGCCUGGAGAAGAAACUGAAGGAGGAGCGUCGCAAUGCCAACCAGUACAAGGAUCAAAGUGAGCCCAGUGAGGAGGAAAGGGAAGAAAUGCAGGAGCUAGAUAAACCCAAAGAGACAAAGAAGGAAAAGAAAGCAAGAAAGAAAAAGGUGGAAGAAGAAGAAGAGGUUGAGGCAAACGACGCCAAAGAGGUCAAAGUUGGUGAGGUUGUAAAGGUUGAACCAAAGAUUGUCACCAUGGAAGAUUUGGAAAAUAAGAAAGAGAAAAAGAAUAAGAAGAAAAAUAACAAGGGGAAAGCGGAAGAAGAGAAAGCAGACAAGGCUGGUGAAGGUGAGGAGGAGGAAGGUGGCACUGUAAAAACUGCUGCUCAGAAAAAGAGGGAGAAAAAGGAAUGGAAGAAACAGAAAAAAAUGGAGCAGAAAAAGAAGCAGGCAGGCAAGAAGGAGACCAAGGAUGCAGCAGAAGACAGGGAAACAAGGCCUGAAACCAUGGCGACAGAAACUGUCACGGCAACAGAAACUGCCAAGCCAAACACUGAUUCCAGUCUGUCAGUGUUCACCAUGAGCCAGGAGAUACAGAGCAAGGUUAUCAAGGGAAAGAUCAAGCUUCUGCUGGACCAGCUAUGUGACCAGUUCCGGGAGGAGUCAUUCCUACUGAUGGCCUGCUUAGGGGACGGCAGCCUCUCACAUCUGCGGUCCAGGGCAAGCAAGGGCUUCCUGAAGGCCCACAAAGACAUCAAGUCACAGUUCCUGGAACACUGUCUCACACGUGAGCAUAAGAAGUCAAAAGAGACGAGGGCUUCCCCCAUUAAGCGUCAAGACACCUCCACCGCUCACAAGCGCCAGAAAGUGGCGCACUCAACCCAAAUUCAGGCUUGUAAAUCAAAGGUGACAAGUAAGAUUGGUGAGGAACAAAUAGAAAAAGCUGAACAGCAGAUGUGUCCAGGUCCCAGCACACAUCCAGCAUUACACUUAGAAUCACUGCGGUGUUUUGAAAUCCUGGAAAAGUUUACCUCUCCAAUUCACUUCCAGCUUAGAAUCACUGCGGUGUUUAGAAAUCCUGGAACAGCCCGUCUGUAG